GUCGAUUAUUUGCGCAGUCGAUACACUGAUAAGGUUCGCCCGAAAUAGAACGCGGACCGAGCUAUGUUGUACAAACACCUGUGGCGGCUAUAAAACCCGGGAUAUAGUCGAUAUCGCGAACAAAAGUGGAAUAGUGGAUCGAUGAACAUAUAACCGGACCCCGAUCAUGUCUCGAUAUUUCGUCUUCUUGUUGCUGAUCUCUUUGAUGGUCGAUUCGUUGACAUCAGAGACGAAGUCUGCAGACAGAAAAGGAGACAGCACUUUCGAUUAUCAGGAAGAAGAUACUACAAAAGAAACUAAAUUGGAGGAACAUGGUUCUGAGGAACAAAAUCCUAAGAAGAUGAAUUCCACAGAAGCAAUAGAAGAUAGUUCUCAAGGAAAUCAUUUGGAGCCGUUUCAUUCUCAUCAUUUUGAUGAUCAUAAUUGCCCUGUGAACGAAGUGUGGGCCAAAUGUGGAAGAGUUUGCGAGCAAACCUGUCGAAGACGCGGAAUCUGCUUAGUGAAGUUGUGUAGCAACGAUUGGUCCGGUUGUCGGUGCAAACCAGGAUUACUUAGGAAUGGAAAAGGACAAUGUGUCCUACAUAAAUAUUGCAAAAAGUGUAAGAAGCCGAAACACAGAUCAAACGUAUGAUUAUAUAUUUCUGUAUUCACUUAGAAAUUUAAUGUACCAAUAAUAUAUCUAUUAAGUAAUGUGAAAACCUUUCUACUUUCCUGUGCUUCCACUUGGAAAACUUUUGUCGAGCGACAAGCACAACGCAAAGAGAACGAGAAGAC